AUGCGAGACGGCGGGUCCGCCUCUAGCGGCGACUGCGCCGGCGCUCGCGGCAGCUCUCACGAUGAAGGCAGCGACGCUGCUACAGCCGCGCUGCCUCCGAGCCACAUGUUCUGCCGGCUGGAGUCCGUGGUGCUUCAGAUUGACGUCGAGACGCACGAGCUGCUGGCCACCAUGCAGCUACAGCCUAUCCAGGAGGUACGCCCGGUCGUCGACUCUUCCCCACAUCCAUCUUCACCGUUGAUAAUUCUCAAUUCUCGUGUUCCAAGUUCAAUUCGUCUCCAAUUGCUGUUCUGUUUCGUCAAUUACCGAGUAGUAAUCCCUCCCUCCUUCCGCUUUCCGCCGCUUUCUCCUCUACGAUUUUCGUCCAAUUGCCAGGCGGAGGCGGCGGAGGAGCAGGCGCGCGCAGGCGCGGCGGCGAGCGGAAGCCGCGUGCUGUACGCGCGCACGGAGCAGGACCGCGUGAGCUGCAAGCGGCUGUCAACCAGCGACACGUCCACGCACGGCGGAUUCUCCAUCCCGCGCAAGUCCGCUGAGGCCUGCCUCCCCCACCUGGACAUGACGCAGUCGGUGCCAUCGCAGCGCAUCACGGCCACGGACGUGCUGGGCAACCAGUGGCUCUUCCGCCACGUGUACCGCGGCACGCCCAAGCGCCACCUGCUCACCACCGGGUGGAGCGCGCUCUCCGCCACGUGGGGCCUCGCUGCUGGCGACCGCAUCGUCUUCCUCAGGUGCGCUCAAUUGCACGGCGCGCUCAAGGUGGCAGUGCGGCGCAGCGAGGCGGCCAUGGCGGCCUUGCAGGCGCAGCGCCAGGCGCGCCACGCUCAACGGUGUUCCCUUGACGUUGACCAUGUGGGGGAUUCCGCCGCCAUGGCGCACCUUCCAGCCUCCCCAGGCCUGGCGGAGGUGGCGUCUGCUGAUGCUGUGCUGGCCACUGCUGCUCGCUGCUACAGCCGCCGCACGGCCUUCUCUGUCACCUUCCACCCAUGGGUGAGCGCCUCAACGCCCUUCGUCAUCCCGCUCCCCGACUUCACACGCGGGCUGCACGUGAAGGCGGCGCUACAGCCGGGCAGCGAGGUGCGCCUCACGCUCGAAACCGACGACCUCGCCACGCGCCGCCUACGUGGCACCGUGCUCUCGCUGCACCACUCGCCUUCUGCCACGUGGCCCUCCUCGCCCUGGCGCUCGGUGCAGAUCAAGUGGGGCGACACGGACGGGGCAGUGAAGCCCACGCGCCUCUCCCCCUGGCUGCUUGACGACGCCCGCGCCCUCGCCCAGCCCUGCUCCUCCUUAUAUGCCUCCUCCGGCUCCGCCCCCCUUUCCACCACCUUCGCCUCUGUCCCCACUAUCGCCACCGUUUCUGCCAGUGCUGCUCUGCUGUCACACUCCGCCCAGCGCCCCCCCCCGCUCUCCCUGCCACCACCUCUCUCCAACCCUGCUGCUGCUGCUGCUGCUCCCCCUGCUGCCGCCCCUGCCGCCCCCCUCGCAGCGGGACAGCAGGGAGAUGAGGGCAGCUGGGGCCCCGCCCCUCUGUGCCUCCCCUCCACUGCCCCUCUCUCUCACACCCCCCUCACCUCCUUUUUUCCUAACCACUCCCUCCCUCCGCGGCCCAUGCCUUCCGAACCUGGCCACGCCAAGCCUGAUGCGAUGGUUUGGUCGCAAGCCCACUCUGCCAUGGAGUACAGCCGAUCUCGCGAGUCGCUUACAACAGCCACCCCUGCCACCGCUGCUACAGCCGGUGCCGGCACUGCAUCUCCGGCUGCGCCUCGCCCGGCCUUCCCUCGAGCCCUCACUGCUCCUGGGGGCUUCACAGCCUAUGCCCCUGCCAGCUCCCGGCAGGGCGGGGUGAAGAGGGAGCAGCAGGAGGCGGGAGCAGCGGUGCAUCUGACGCUCUCUCUCGGCCUCUCCGCCUUGACCGCCUCGCCCCCCUCCUACCACUCCUCCCCGAGCCUCAAGCGGCGGCGCACAACAGGCCUCGACAUCCCUGUGCUGCGCCACGCGUGCCACUCGGAGUCGGAUGUCGCCCGUCUGCUGCACGCCCAGCGGCCUGAGAGGACGGACACGCUUGACAGCGACCUUGUCAUGCACCCCGCAUGCCCGUCCGAUGAUGCUCGUGCUCUUGCUGGUGCUGCUGAAGUGAGUGGUGCGGUGGGUGGUCCUCCUGGCUGUCUCUUCACGCUGCCCUCCUCGCCCAGCUCUGCCAGCGGUGGCACACCCAGGAGCAGCAAUGGUGACUUGGAGCGCACUGUAAUGGAGGAGCGGGCGGCAAGUGGCAAGCACGAGGCAGCAGGGGGGGCGGAGAGCAUGGAUGGGCAGACGGCUUCCCCAUCCAAGCAACCCGCGUCGCCCUGCAAGCUGUCUCCCUCGCCAUCCCGGGCGGCCAACAGACGACGGAUUAAGCUGCGGGUGGAGGGAAGCCCAGUGAUGCGCACUGUGGAUCUGAGUGGCAUCGGCAGCUUCCAAUCGCUGUACGCCACGUGUGCAGCCAUGUUGCAGCUGCCUCUGCAGCAGCCAGGGCAGCCCGCAGCGGGUGCCACAUGUCCCUGGCAGCUCACCUACACCGACGCCGACGGCGACACGCUGCUUGUUGGUGACGGGCCAUGGAGCAUUUUUCUGGAGCACGUGCAGAUGCUUUCCGUCAUGAAGGCUCCAAUCUGCAGGAGGUGCAGAGCAUACACAACCCAUUCCCCCGUUCUUCCCCCUGCCCCCCCUUCUUCCCCUCCGCCUGCGCUUCUCCCCCUCCCUCCCCACCGCCAGCUGCAGGAGGUGCAGCGGCGGCACGCGGUGAUAAGGAAGGGAGGCGCCGUGCUGGAUCUGGGAUGCUGCCCGGGGGCAUGGCUGCAGGCACGUGCUGGGGAUGGGGGCAUGGCUGCAGGCACGUGCUGGGGAUGGGGGCAUGGCUGCAGGCACGUGCUGGGGAUGGGGGCAUGGCUGCAGGCACGUGCUGGGGAUGGGGGCAUGGCUGCAGGCACGUGCUGGGGAUGGGGGCAUGGCUGCAGGCACGUGCUGGGGAUGGGGGCAUGGCUGCAGGCACGUGCUGGGGAUGGGGGCAUGGCUGCAGGCACGUGCUGGGGAUGGGGGCAUGGCUGCAGGCACGUGCUGGGGAUGGGGGCAUGGCUGCAGGCACGUGCUGGGGAUGGGGGCAUGGCUGCAGGCACGUGCUGGGGAUGGGUGAUAGGGAAGGGUGGUGGGGGCAUCACCGAUGCAUGCCUGAAUAGCCACAUUAUGUCCGUUCGUUCGUAUCAUGGUGUGUACUGCCAUGGGGGGCAUGUCCGCAUGCUUUAUUUCUGUUGCUGCCGCAUGCGACUCAUGCGGCAUGGCAGCACAGCAAUGGUGGCAUGCCAGGCCCUGGGCCCCAUGAGUCAAGGCGGCUGUGUGGUGGGCGUCGACAUUCAGGUGCAUGCCCUGCUACCUUCCGACAUUCAGGUGCAUGCCCUGCUACCUUCCGACAUUCAGGUGCAUGCCCUGCUACCUUCCGACAUUCAGGUGCAUGCCCUGCUACCUUCCGACAUUCAGGUGCAUGCCCUGCUACCUUCCGACAUUCAGGUGCAUGCCCUGCUACCUUCCGACAUUCAGGUGCAUGCCCUGCUACCUUCCGACAUUCAGGUGCAUGCCCUGCUACCUUCCGACAUUCAGGUGCAUGCCCUGCUACCUUUCGACAUUCAGGUGCAUGCCCUGCUACCUUCCGGCAUUUGCUAUCUCAAAGCUCCUUCUACUAAUCCCCUCUUUCCCAACCCCACCCCACAACCCCCCUCCCACCAUGUCCCCUUCACCCGCCUUUCCCCCUUCCCCCCCCAUUCCCCCCUCAUUCCCCCCCAUGCCUAUCAGCCGACAGCAGUGCCCCAGCGGUGGUGUGACGGGCGAGUGCGGGCGGCACAGUGCCGUUCAUACCUGCCCGACAAUGGCAAGGCGGCACAGUGCCGUUCAUACCUGCCCGACAAUGGCAAGGCGGCACAGUGCCGUUCAUACCUGCCCAACAAUGGCAAGGCGGCACAGUGCCGUUCAUACCUGCCCGACAAUGGCAAGGCGGCACAGUGCCGUUCAUACCUGCCCAACAAUGGCAAGGCGGCACAGUGCCGUUCAUACCUGCCCGACAAUGGCAAGGCGGCACAGUGCCGUUCAUACCUGCCCGACAAUGGCAAGGCGGCACAGUGCCGUUCAUACCUGCCCGACAAUGGCAAGGCGGCACAGUGCCGUUCAUACCUGCCCGACAAUGGCAAGGCGGCACAGUGCCGUUCAUACCUGCCCAACAAUGGCAAGGCGGCACAGUGCCGUUCAUACCUGCCCAACAACGGCAAGGCGGCACAGUGCCGUUCAUACCUGCCCAACAAUGGCAAGGCGGCACAGUGCCGUUCAUACCUGCCAGCUCACCUGUGCUGUCGCUGCUGCCUCCAUGCGCCACUCCACUCCAGUCUCCUGCCAACCCCUUCACUUGCUUCUCCCCGCCCUCCUUUCCCCAUGCCUUCCCUUCCCCAUGCCCUCCCUUCCCCAUGCCCUCCCUUCCCCAUGCCCUCCCUUCCCCAUGCCCUCCCUUCACCUGAAAGCCCCACUCGUCCCCACCACUCCCCUGGGCACGACCCUGCUCUGUGUCUCCCCUGGGCACGACCCUGCUCUGUGUCUCCCCUGGGCACGACCCUGCUCUCCCUGUUCCUUCCCCCCUCCCUACGUCACCAUGCUCCUCUCGUACAUGUGCCCCCAAAUCGCAUGUCCGCCCUUUCUACUGCUUCUCCCCUCUCUCCCUCCCUCCUCUUCCCCCUCCAUCCCCAUUCCAUCCCCAUUCCAUCCCUCCCUGUCCCUCCCCAUCCCUCCCUUCCCUCCCCUUUCCCCCCCUUCCAGCCCCACUCCUCCUCUCCUUCGUCCCGCUUCACCACGCUGCUAUCAGACAUGUGCCCAUCCACCUCUGGCGCCUCCCCCUCUGAUGGGUGUGGGGAAGGAGGGGCAGCAGCGCAGGGGGGAGUGCUGGCAGUGGGGGGACACAUGGUGGUGAAGCUGCUGGAGGGUGACGACACUCCAGCCUACGUGGCAGCGUGCAGGCCUCUCUUCUCAUCAGUGACGCGCCUUCGCCCCAAGGCCACCCGGGCCUCGUCCCGCGAAAUAUAUGUCAUUGCUAAGGGGUUCAGAGGAGUUCCAAAGGGGUUUGAGGGGUUCUGA